CAAACCUCGCAACCCGCCUCCGCAGCCUCCUACCUCGACCUCGGCAUCACGCUCGCCGUAAACGCCUGGCCAGCCAUGAACCUAGCGGUGCAGUCGAACUGGGGCGGGCCCACGUCAGCCGACAAACGGGACUGGCUGUGCGGCGCGAUCUCCGAGAUGCUGAGCGAGCGACCGGAGACAGACGCGGAGGAUCUCGAGGACGUGCUGAUGCAGGUGAUGAACGACGAGUUCGACGUGGUGGUGGACGACGAGAGCGCGGCGCCGGUGGCGGCGCAGAUCAUGGACAUGAGGGCGCAGACGGCGCGCGGCGAGUUCGCCGCCAUCCAGGAGAUGUGGGAGACGUGGCAGCGGAAGGUGGAGGCGAAGGGGGGCGCGAAUGCCGUGGAGGGGUUCAAGAGGGGGGAGGAUCAGGGGAGUGAUGAUGAUGAUGAGGACGAGGAAGGGGAUGAGGAUAUGGGGGAUGCGCCGGCGUUGGUGAGUGCGCCGAGGGAGAAGGCUGAGCCGGAGGUUGAUGAUGAUGGGUUCACGAAGGUGGUGGGGAAGAAGAAGCGGUGA